AUGGGGAAAAAGCGAGUUUCAGAGCAAGAUCCUCAGCAUCCUUCUCAACAGACAGUUGAUUCUAAUUCAGAUAAGAAGCAAAAACCAUCAAAUGAAAUUGAUGAAAUCUUCUCUAUUAAGAAGAAAAAAAAGUUGAAGACAUCUGAAGCUUUACCCAAGGAAAACACAGUUGGUGAAGAAAGUUCUUCACUGCCAAAGGAUUCCAAGGCAAAGAAAAAGGGCAAAAAGAAAGCUUCUCCUAAGGGAAAUGGGUCGGUUGAUCCUCCUCCUCGAGUGAGAAAAAAGACAGCUGAUGGAUUGACCAUAUAUUCUGCAGAAGAACUUGGUUUCGACAAUCCCGAUGCUGGUGGCACUGCACUUUGCCCAUUUGACUGCAGUUGUUGUUUUUGA